AUGGACGAAGAGGAGGUAAAGGCGGUCCAGGUGGUGGAUAUGGCAGCUAUAAUCACAACAAAGAUAUUGGGAACAAUGGUGCAUGAAACAAGGUCUCAUGCUCAUGCAUCUGGUGAUGAGGAGAAAGCUGGCGUGACAAGAAAGCACAAGGCAGACACCAGAGGACAUGAGGCAGAGCAAUCGCCGAAGAAGACGAAGCCGGAACAACGCGAGAAAAGCCACGCAGAUAGCAAGUUUGCAAAUGCAGAGUUUAGUGAAUUCGGUAAAGCUAUAAAAGAUCACUUAUCUGUACAGCAAAUGAAAGAAAUUCUUGAAGCCAAUGCUCAAGAAACUCCUGCUUCUGCUGAUGAGGUUGUUGAGAGAUGCCAAGACUUGCUGUUGUACGGACCCUUGGAUAAUUGUCCAGUUUGCAACCACAAUUUGCAUUUUGAUGGGAACCGCUUUUUCUGCAAAGGAGCAUAUAGUGAAUGGUCUACUUGCACUUUCAGCACAAAAGAUCCUCCAAGAAAACAAGAACCAACCAAGCUACCACCUUCUGUUCUUGACUCACCUGUUUCAGAUAUGAUAAAGAAGUACGGGGACCCAAGUCGGCGACCUAAGAAAGAAGUAGGUUCUCCAGAUAAACCUUUCACAGGGAUGAUGAUUUCGCUCAUGGGUCGUCUUACUCGGACACAUCAAUAUUGGAGAUCCAAGAUUGAAAGACAUGGAGGGAAGGUUGCUAACUCCAUUCUUGGAGCUACAUGCUUGGUUGCAUCAGCUAUGGAGAGAGAGCGCGGUGGCUCUUCAAAAUUAAUAGAAGCAAUGGAAAGAGGCAUACCUGUUGUGUCUGAGGCUUGGUUGGCUGAUAGCAUUGACAAACAUGAAGCACAACCUAUGGAUGCUUAUGAUAUUGUAUCUGAUCUCACAGUCUAUGGAAAAGAAGCCCCACCGGAUACAGAAGAGAUCAUAGAGGAGGCAAUUAUGCUCUUUUUCAUCAUACUCAAGCUGUAUGGUAAGAGAGGAGUCCAUAAAGAUUCUAGACUUCAGGAACGAGGUGGAAAGAUAUUCGAAAAAGAUGGAAUUCUGUACAAUUGUGCCUUUACACUUUGUGAUCUUGGACAAGGACUCAAGGACUAUUGCAUUUCGCAACUCAUCUCAGUACCAGAGAGUAACUUGCAUCUGUAUUACAAGAAAGGGAGGAUAGGGGAUGAUGAAAAUACCGAAGAGAGGGUGGAAGAAUGGGAAAAUGAGGAAAAUGCCAUUAAGGAGUUUGUGAGAAUUUUUGAGGAAACGACUGGGAAUGAGAAUGAGUUUGAGCCAUGGGAAAGGGAGAAGAAAAUUCAAAAGAUACCUUUGAAAUUUUUUCCAGUAGAUAUGGAUGAUGGAGUUGAAGUUAGACAAGGAGGCCUUGCUCUUAGGCAACUCUCGAUUGCGGUUACUCACUGCAAACUUGAACCACGUGUGGCAAGGUUUAUGCAACUCUUGUGCAGUAAAGAUAUCUACGAAUCAGCUCUGCUGGAGAUGGCAUUAGACUCUCCUGAUAUACCAAUAGGAAUGGUUACCAGUCUCCAUCUAAAGAGAUGUGAGGAUGUCCUCCUCGAGUUCAUAGAAAAAAUGAAAUCGAUGAAAGAGACAGGGUUAAAGGCUGAAGCUAUUUGGUCAGAUUUUAGCCAAAGAUGGUUCACACUUAUGUACUCUAGCAGACCAUUCAUCUUCAGAGACUAUCAAGAACUUGCUGAUCACGCUGCAGCUGUGUUUGAAGCUGUUCGAGAUGUAACUGUGGCGUCACACCUGAUAGGGGACAUGAGCGGUGCUACCCUGGACGAUCCACUGUCUGAUCGAUACAAGAAGCUUGGAUGUUCAGUUUCUCCAUUGGAAGAAGACACAGAUGACUACAAAAUGAUUGUCAAUUACUUGCAGAAAACAUAUGAACCUGUUAAACUUGCAGACAUUGAGUACGAUGUGUUGGUCGAUAACAUUUUUUCGGUUGAAUCAAAUGCCAGUCCUUCACUGGAUGAGAUGAAGAAAUUGCCAAACAAAGUUCUGUUAUGGUGUGGUACUCGGAGCUCGAACCUCUUAAGGCACCUUCAUAAGGGAUUCUUACCCGCAGUCUGCUCCCUUCCGGUUCCUGGCUAUAUGUUUGGAAAGGCAAUUAUAUGCUCGGAUGCUGCUGCAGAGGCUGCUAGAUAUGGCUUUACCGCGGUAGAUAGGGUAGAUGGAUUCCUGGUCUUGGCUGUGGUUUCUCUUGGUGAUCAAGUCACCGAGUUUAAUAGUCCACCCAAGGAUACAAAAUCACUUGAGGAGAAGAAGCUUGGUGUGAAGGGAUUGGGAAGGAAAAAAACGGAUGAAUCGGAACAUUGUGCAUGGAAAGACGACAUCAAGGUUCCGUGUGGCCGAUUGAUUCCCUCCGACCACAAAAACAGUCCUCUCGAGUACAAUGAGUAUGCCGUUUAUGAUCCGAAGCAGGUGAGCAUAAGGUUUUUGGUUGGAGUGAGAUUUGAAGAAAAGGAAGGGAGAAUGGGAGAAGCUAAAUGAAAUGUUUGGUGGAGGAGUAGUGAGUGUAAUGCAUUGCCUUCACAGUUGGUGGCAAUUUGAUGAAUG